AUGUGUAUUGUUGUGGAAUACACAAAUUUCAAUAGCUUACGCUUUCCAAAACUUAAGGAAUGGAACAGCUGCAACGCAGGUCUGGCACUUAAAGUAAUAGGAAAUGACGAUCUGGAAACGAUCAUCUUCGACAAUGAAAUUGAAUUUUAUGGUGACCAUACUGUUCACAUGGCGGAGAUUCGUGGGAACCGCAGAUUAUCACGGAAGACGAUCGCUUCACUCGCUAGGUGCGCAUUAUCUGGUAAGGUGGAGGAUUUGUCCUUGCUUAACUGCGACGCUUAUUAUGGAGACAUUUAUUUCAACAAAGAUGUGAACGGUGAAAUCCCGACGAGUGGUAGCUUAGUGGAUGGUUGCUUAGUCGUCAAGGACACACUCCUCACUGAUAUCGAGUUUAUCCGCUCAUUUAAUUUCAAUCCGUCUCACAAGUGCAAAAAUGAUGUGGAUCGUUUUGUGGUUAUUGUUGUGCUCAUGGGAACUUACUUCAUCCUAUUCUCGUUUACUGCAAUAUGUCUUAAAGCGUAUAUUUCUAUGAAAUAG